GUACAUUUCUCAUGCGUCCCGGAGAGUCGAGCACUACCCCACGCGACGCGACGUGAGCUGUAUGCACGGAGUAUCUCCAGUGACCCUCGUGGGACCGUGGAGGGGGGAAACCCUUUGACACCAGACCAGCUGUAGCACUCUACAGUUGUUGUCAGUCUCGUCGCAUGGCCGCGGAGGGGGCGGGGGGAGUCAAACCGAGUCAAACAGCCAGCAUGCCGGCGCCGGCGCUUCGCGGGGCCGCGGGCAGGCUCACGCGCGGAUGCGUCCAUCGCGCUGAGUUGGUGCGCCAUGCGAGCUGCAGCGUGCAGGCGGACCGGGGCGGCGCCGUCAUCGCCGUGGCCGAGGUGCGGCGCUUCAUCGCGGACGCCAUGAAGGCCGUGGGCACGGCCCCGGACAGGGCGCACCUCCUGGCAGACGUGCUAGUGGAGGCCGACUACAGAGGGCACUACAGCCACGGCCUCAACCGCCUGGAGCUGUACGUGGAUGACGUCUCGGACGGCAGCUGCGUGGCGUCCGCGGAUCCCCGGGUGCUCCGGGAGACGGCGGCCACGGCGUGGGUGGACGGCGGCCACGGCCUCGGCCCCGUUGUGGGCCGCUUCAGCAUGGAGCUCGCCCUCAGCAAGGCCAAGGAGGUGGGCGUGGGCUGGGUCGUCGCCAAGGGGUCCAACCACUACGGCAUAGCGGGGUGGUACAGCAUGCUGGCCUUGGAGAGGAAGAUGCUUGGCAUGAGCUUUACCAACACCUCACCACUAGUUAGUCCGACGAGGAGUAAGAAAGCUGCGCUGGGGACGAACCCUAUCUCUGUGGCCGUGCCUGCGGGGAAGGACAGCUACGUGCUGGACAUGGCCACGACGGCAGCGGCCCUCGGCAAGAUCGAGAUGCAACGGCGUCGGGGCCAGCCCUUGCCGGUGGGUUGGGCGCAGGGCCCCGACGGCGCGGUCACCACCGACGCCGACCUGGCCUACAAGACGCAGUGCCUCAUGCCGCUGGGGGGAGCCGAGGACUCCGCCGGCUACAAGGGCUACGGGCUGGCGCUCAUGGUGGAGACCUUCUGCGGGCUGCUCUCUGGCUCGGCCUACGGCCCGGACGUCCGCCGCUGGGGGUCUUCGGGCGAGACGGCCAACCUGGGCCAGUGCUUCAUCGCCUUGGACCCCGCCGCGUUCGCGCCCGGCUUCGAGGACCGCGCCGCCGACCUCAUCGGCAAGCUGCGCUCCAUGGAACCGGCUGACCCGGCAAAGCCAGUCCUCGUUCCCGGGGACCCCGAGCGCGCGCACAUGGAACACGUCGACCAGCAAGGGGGCGUCCGCUACGUCGCCCAGCAAGUCGAGUCCUCGGAGAAGCUGGCGCAACGACUUCAGAUAACACCGAUGAAAGUCCUGGCAUGAAGUGCCUGUUCCUUGGGAUACGCUUACACUUAUUUUUUUUAGAAAUUUUUAUAAAUGUUGAAAAAUUGUGUACAGAUGAAAUAAUUUUGUUGCUGCAUAAGAGAA